AUGUCCUACAAAGCCGUGGUGUUUGAUCUAGACUACACGCUUUGGCCGUGCUGGUGUGAUACACAUAUAUCCACGCCUCUGAAACUCCAUAAAAGCAAGAAAAACACAGUGGUCGACAAGUACGGCUACGAAGUGACCCUGUAUGAGGACGUGGUGCCAAUUUUCGAAUAUCUGCGGUCUAAAAACAUUAAAAUAUUCACCGCCUCAAGAACAGCAAGCCCGCCAACCGCAAAGAAACUGAUCAAGCUGUUCAAUCUCGAAAAGUACAUCGACGAUAGCGAAUGGGGAUGGGGAUCGAAGAAAAACCAUAUAUCGAAGCUUGCUGGCCGAAACGACAUCGACCCGUCAGAAAUGUGUCUUUUUGAUGAUGAGUAUAGAAACAAAGACGUGGAAGAGAUUGGCGUCAAGUUCUGCUACCUGCCAAACGAAAAAUUAACGUGGAGCGAAUUCAAUAAGCAUAUUAACCCGUCUCAUGAACACUAA